AUGAAAAUAUUGACUCCAGUUCUCUUGGUCAUAAUACCUUUAGUAUUAUAUAAUGUCGUGGUUUCUGUUUUUAUUUCAUUUAAUCUAUAUUCUUCUCUUUCGCCACUGCGAGAAAAUCUUAUGACAGACAGUACCAUGAGAGAUAUGCCAAUUUAUGAAACCAUCUUGUCGUCGUCAUCUCGCUGGGAAUAUCAACAGCAAACAUUUAGAUUCAAGGAAAAUGAUCUUAACGAUGGAUUGAAGAUAACUAUGUUCAAUAACUGGAUUGAACCUAUACCUUCUAUGCUUGUUAUGUUGGAUGAGAUAAGUUGGUCAAGUUAA